AUGUUGACACCCAUUCCUCUCGAUGUUGAUGUUGGCAACAUCGACAUCAUUUCGCAAUGUCGACGUCGGAAUGUUGGUAACUACGAACCCUGGCAUCGUCACGAGGGAGAGCGAGGGAAGGUCGAUCCGCGCUCGGAAGCUUUUCUUCAGAAACUGCUGAACCUGGAAGCAGCCGAGAAUGUGACGAAUGACAGCCGCAAUGAUAUUAUCGGAGUCAACGUAGCAGCUGGAUCUGACAUUACAGCUGUCACCCUAAGCGUAGCAUUUUACUAUUUGGAUAAAUCUCCGGAAAAGAUGACAAAGCUAUGCGAGGAGAUCAGUACAGCUGAAAAAGAAGGGUGA